AUGAGCUUGAAAUAUCGUCAAGACGUUUCCGUUAGAUUAGCCAACUUUUUUCUGUAUGUCGUCGGCUUCUGGUUCGCCGCUAAUCGUAUAGAGGAAUGGUUCAGAAACGCGGCGAUUCUGUAUACCAUUGUCACGGUCUUCUUUGUCAUGUGGCUUCAGCUGGGAGGGCUUUAUUUCGCCUGGGGAAACUUUGAAGUUUGCAUGUACAUGGCUGGCAACGGUUUAGCCAUGGUUUUGGAUAUAAUCAAGAUUUUCACCCUAGUCGUACACAAGAAAAAGUUUCUCGGUCUGAUUGAGUACAUGCAGAAGAAUUUUUGGCAUUUGAACUACGAUCAGUACGAGAAUUCUGUUUUGGCACAGGCGAAACGAAUGUGCAUUUACUUCGUGUGCGUUUUGUCAUUUUUUUCUCAAUCUUCAGUUCUUUCCUAUAUCAUAAGGCCACUUGUAUCAAAUCUUGGAAAGAAUGAAUCGGAUAGAGAACAUAUAUUCGAUAUGUGGUUCGAUCUACCAUUAUCCGUAACACCAUAUUAUGAAAUUACUUACAUAAUACAGGUAUUACCAAUUAAUAAGUUAUCAUUUGAAUGGCGCGUUGCUUUGGCGUGCUUCUCGAUGACGGGCGUGAGUCAACUAUGGAUGUUCACGUACAGUUGCGAUUGCAUAACAACAGAAAGCCUGAACAUCGCUGAAUCUGUAUACGCUGGACCAUGGAUAAAUUUACCAAUGGAUAAAUUUGGAAAACUGCUAAGAAAAGAUCUACAAGUGCUCAUCUUGAGGGCGAGACGACCUUCCUCUUUGACUGCCUGUGGAUUCUUUUCUAUAUCUCUCGAAACCUUUACUAAGAUCAUGAGUACAUCAAUGUCGUAUUUCACAUUAUUAAAACAAUGUAUCGAGGACACGGUAAUAAAAAAUUUAGGCCAUAUCAAGCCAGAAGUGUUGCUUUCUGUAUAUAACCUAUGUUUAAGAACGAAUGUUAUACCCACAACGUGGAAAACAGCGAAUUUAAUGAUAAUACCUAAAACACUAGACGGGGAUAAGCAACAGCUGAGCGCUUAUAGGCCUAUCGCGCUUUUGCCGGUUACAAGCAAAAUCUUUGAGAGAAUUUUGGAUGACAGAAUUCAGGUUAGUUGCAUUGAACAAAAUUUAACGAGCGAAGAACAGUAUGGUUUUAAAAAAGGUUUUGGCACUGAGGAUGUUUUUUUUAAAUUUAAAGAGGAAAUAGCUUUCACAAAUAAAAAGAAACGAAAAAUAAUAAUCACAACAAAACACGGAAAGAUUAGUCAUCGGGUGCAAAGAGGGUCCAUUCUUGGACCAGCCGCCUGGAACUGGUGCUUGGAGCAAUUUCUGGGGCAAAUAUCUAAUAUCGUAGAUACAGAUAAUGUUCAGGACUUAGCAUAUGCUGAUGACAUUCUCUUUGUCAUCAAGGGAAAUUCCAGAGUAGAGCUUGAAUGGCAAGGGAGCAUUGUCAUGACGAUGCUGCAGGAUUGGUGCCACGAGAAUAAGCUGGCUGUCUCAAAGAAGAAAACAGUGGCGGUUUUUCUCAGGGGUAAAAUAGACGUUAGGAGACCAUCAUCAAUUAAGAUCAACCAAAAUACGGUUAGACAUACACACGAAUACAAAUAUCUUGGAAUAACUAUAGACUCAAAAUUAAAUUUCAUAUCACAUGUAAAAAGAUUGAGCGAAAAAUUGAGCAUAAGUUAA